UUUGAUUCAUGAAAAAAGAUCCCAUUUUUUCAUUGACCUUUCUCUAUCAUCACUCUCAUUUCAAUAUAUAUAAAUAUUAUAUCUAUCUACUUCACCUUCUUCUUCUUCUACCUCUUCUUAUUUAUCAGAUCUCAGAUUCAUAGCUUCUUUACGUGAAUCUCUUAUUUUUUUUCUUCAUGUUUUUUCUUUGUUGGAAGACAAAACAUGGAUGAAAAAACCACCUUUGUAGUAAAAAAAACACAUACCUUAAAAUUUUUUAGUUUUGAGAAUCACUUUUAGUUUAGUACAUUGCUAUGUUUCAAGUUUCAACUACUUGAUAAAAAAAAAAAAACUAUGUGAUUUGAAAUUUUUUCAGUCAUACACAAAACCCAAUUGAAGUUUCUUUUCCUUCUCCAAAAGGGUGUUAUAAAGUUUUUUUUGUUUUUUUUUGUUUUGAUGAACAUGGUAGAGUGUAAGAGAAAGAAGGAAUCACAAGGUGAAAAAAACAAUAACAUGGAUUCAAAUUCAGAUUUUCCUGAUGAAGUGUUGGAACGUGUUCUUGGGAUGAUGAAAUCACGCAAAGACAGAAGCUCAGUUUCAUUGGUAUGCAAAGAAUGGUACAACGCUGAAAGAUGGUCAAGGAGGAAUGUUUUCAUAGGUAACUGUUAUGCUGUGUCACCUGAGAUCUUGACACGUAGAUUUCCAAACAUAAGAAGUGUUACAAUGAAAGGAAAACCUCGUUUUUCUGAUUUUAACUUGGUUCCUGCAAAUUGGGGUGCUGAUAUUCAUUCAUGGUUGGUUGUUUUUGCCGAUAAAUAUCCUUUUCUUGAAGAGUUGAGGCUUAAGAGAAUGGCUGUUAGUGAUGAAAGUUUGGAGUUUUUAGCUUUUUCUUUUCCUAAUUUCAAAGCUCUUUCUCUUUUGAGUUGUGAUGGAUUUAGCACUGAUGGGUUGGCUGCUGUUGCUACUAAUUGCAAGAACUUAACUGAACUUGACAUACAGGAGAAUGGCGUCGAUGAUAAAAGUGGUAAUUGGUUGAGUUGCUUCCCAGAAAGCUUUACAUCAUUGGAAAUAUUGAACUUUGCCAACCUAAGCAAUGAUGUAAACUUCGACGCGCUCGAGAAACUUGUCGCUAGGUGCAAUUCAUUAAAGACUUUGAAGGUUAACAAAAGCGUAACACUGGAACAGUUGCAAAGACUUCUUGUCCGUGCUCCUCAGCUCUGUGAGCUUGGUACUGGCUCAUUUUCCCAAGAGCUGACAGGUCAGCAGUAUUCAGAGCUUGAACGCGCGUUCAACAAUUGUAGAAGUCUUCACACCCUUUCUGGUUUAUGGGUUGCUUCAGCACAAUAUCACCAAGUUCUAUACCCUGUAUGCACAAAUCUGACUUUCUUGAAUUUUAGUUAUGCUCCUCUUGACAGUGAAGGCCUUUCUAAGCUUCUUGUUCGCUGUCCUAAUCUUCGACGCCUUUGGGUAUUGGACACAGUUGAAGACAAGGGACUGGAAGCUGUUGGAUCAUAUUGUCCAUUGCUUGAGGAGCUACGUGUUUUUCCUGGGGAUCCCUUUGAGGAGGGCGCUGCACACGGGGUUACUGAAUCAGGGUUUAUUGCUGUCUCUGAAGGAUGCCGGAAGCUACACUACGUCCUAUACUUUUGCCGUCAGAUGACCAAUGCUGCUGUUGCUACUGUUGUGGAAAACUGCCCCGACUUUACUCAUUUUCGGCUCUGCAUCAUGACCCCUGGUCAGCCAGAUUACCAGACGGGUGAACCUAUGGACGAGGCCUUUGGAGCAGUUGUUAAGACCUGCACUAAACUCCAAAGGCUUGCUGUAUCAGGUUCUCUAACUGACCUGACAUUUGAGUAUAUAGGGAAGUAUGCUAAAAACUUGGAAACACUUUCAGUGGCUUUUGCUGGAAGCAGUGAUUGGGCAAUGCAAUGUGUACUGGUUGGCUGUCCGAAGCUGCGAAAACUUGAGAUAAGGGACAGUCCAUUCGGCAAUGCCGCGCUUUUGUCUGGUUUUGACAAGUAUGAGUCAAUGAGGUCACUUUGGAUGUCGGACUGCAAAGUGACGAUGAAUGGAUGUAGAUUGUUAGCACAAGAAAGGCCUAGGUUGAAUGUUGAAGUGAUGCAGGAAGAAGGAGGUGAUGAUAGUCAGGCUGGAAAACUUUAUGUUUAUCGUUCUGUUGCUGGACCAAGAAGGGAUGCACCUCCAUUUGUUCUCACUCUCUGAAAUGCCAUCUCCAGUCCUCUUUGAACCUCAGGAAAGUCCUUGCCAUUGAAUGCUACCGUAUAUGGCAAAGUGCGCAUACUGAUUAUAAAGGCUCAAUAAUAUGGAAGGUGGAAGAAAGAAAGGUUGAAACUUCAGUUCAAUCAUGUAGCCAAUGCUUGAAACGUAGCUAUUGAUUGUUGUUUGUGUUGAUACAUCAAUGCAAAGGAUAAGGAAGGCCGGCGAGAGAGACACACAAUAAAGUAAUCUUUUGACAUCAAAUAAUUGCAAUGAACUUGCCUUCUUUAGACCACUUGGACCCACCAAGAAAAAUAAUGCAAGUGUUCAUUGUAAAUGAGCAAUAAUUGUGAACAAUAUAUCCAAAUGACAUGAAAAAUCUUGUAUUUGAUUACAGGCAAAAAGUUAUUUAAUUCACAGGAUAAUGAAUGCUAGAAGGGAAUUUGCCGCAUGGUGAAGACAUUUUGAUUUUGUUGUGUUGAAAUAUGUAUUCAGGAAAAUACACUUUUCCCUUUUGGCAUUGGUUGAAAUCUAGGAGAUAAAUGAGAUUAAAAGAAAGAAAAAAUAAAUAAAUCAUGCAUAUGAUUGUUUCUUUUGUUGAA